CAAUAGAACUUGGCAACUACGUGCGCGGAGAUGAAAUAUUCCAUUACGGAGCUGCAGCCAUAUACCUCGUUAGCUUAUCAAUUGGAACGUUUGUUAUAUCUUACGUGAAGAUUAAAUGGCCAACGAUGAGAUUCGGAUCCGUGUAUGCGUUGAUUGUAAUAGUAUUCUCAUUGUCAACAGCAUAUAUUCAACCCGCCAUGAGUAAAAUAAUGUUGCGUAAUCUGGCAAUUCCAAUGUUCAUCGGUCCGGUCAUCUCUCUUGUCGUAAAUCAACUUUUAUGGCCCGAACACGGAACAACAAACUAUAUUCCCCACUUGAUAGAGACACUGCACAACUUUAACGCGCUCCUCAAACACGAAACAUCUUUUUUCCUCCGUAACACCUACAACAAAUCAAUCAUUUAUUCACUUCAGAAGAAAACUCAAAAGAAUUUAAUGAACCUACAAAACGUCAAGAGGGAAUCAUUGCACGAAAUUUCAUACUCGAAAAUAGGCCCAGUGGAUCUAAUUGAAAUCGCCAAAAUCAUCAAACAGAUGCACAUGCCCCUAGACGGACUAGCUCUGAGUGGGAUGAUAGAAGAACAACUCGCAUACGAUGAUGACAACGACAUACCGGAAGUGAGAAUUGACUUUUUGGACGAAAACGCAUCGUAUAUCGACGACGACGAACCGCCACCAUCACCGACGGGAAACACACGCGACUUUCAACGCCUUCUCGAAAUCAUCCGUCCCAACUGUACCGACCUCGCCAAAGCCUGUCAAAUCUGUCUCGAAGACUGCGCUUCUCGCAUUGCCCACCUUCGUCAUGAUUGUAAUCCAUCAUGGCAGUUCUGGUGCAAGGGAUGUAACAAAGAUGAUAUCAAGAAUUUGCUACCGGAUCCUAUGGCUGUAAUGUCUGACGCUUUGGAAAAGUUUCACGAUGCAAGAAACGAGGGACUACAAAAUCUGUUCAUUGAAAAUGAAACCAUCAGUCCGUCCCCACAACGACUAGUGUUACUGCUGCUCUUGUUCGAACACAACCUCGAAGAAUUCGCUGUAGGCUUACAAGUUCUUAUUGGCCUAGUCAAACACCUGGAAUCGUCCCGUGUGAAGAAACAACUCUGGUGGCCUCCCAUGCCGUUCUUAAAACGCAUCCAAGUAAGAAAAACAGUCGCGGAAGGAACUUGGAAAGUAGUGGAACCCGAUCCUCGUAUUGAUGACGACAUGGGCGAAGGCGAGGACGAUUUCUGCGAUCCUGACGUUAGAGUUCCUCACACAAAGUCUCAAAUAUUCUGGUAUCGGUUGUGGAAGAUACGAAACUGGCUCGGUGGCAAAUACGUUCGGUUCGCAAUGAAGAAUACUCUUAUUGUUACACUUUUAAUGUUACCUUGUUUUCUACCAUCUACGUCAUCAACGUUUCAAAGCUUGCGGGCCCAAUGGGCCGUUAUUACGGCUAUAUUGGCAUUCUGGCCUACUACCGGGGGAGCCAUCUUGCAGUUCAUAUGUCGUAUCUGUGGAUCGUUGAUCGGAGCCGGAUUGGCCAUUAUCGCUUGGUUGGUUACGGGUGGUAAUCCGAUCGGAUUGGCCGCAGCGUUGUUCUUCAUAUCGUUAUUCCUUUGGUUCAUAUUUCACAAUACUCGAAUGUGGACAGUUGGAAGUGUUAUCAUGUUAAUUACGUUCCCGUUAAUUCUUGGAAAUGAAUAUCAGAACGUACACGGAAUUGGCCAUUUCGACGAAGAUAUCUUCCUUUUGGCUGGUAAACGUACGCUGGCGGUUGCAACCGGUAUAUUCACUGCCUUCAUCAUGACUGUCCUCCCAUGGCCACACACGGGAAGAGUAGAAAUAAGACAUCGACUGGCACGAACGAUAUCUCAAGUCGGAGUGUUGUAUUCAAUGACAAUAGCAUUUUUCCUAAAAGACGAUUCUUCUCCGUGCGCUCACACGACAAAGGCGUUCAGAAAGUUGUUGACGAGAAUCCAGAGAUCGACCAACACAGAACGGUUACUCUUAUCGAGAACAAAAUACGAACCACCACUUCGGGGCGAUUUCCCGCGAGACUUGUACGAAGAGAUGAUAGAUGUCGUCGAACAUAUGACCUGUAUCAUUGCGAGAAUGGCACACACGCUUACUGGUCUCGAUGAAGAAUGGAAAGAGAACCUUCGUAAUGUGCUCAAACGACCAUCAAAGAGGUAUUACGUCACGCAUAUCCUAGUGGCAUUCCAUAUUCUCUCUAAUGCCCUCGAGCGUCGAUCGCCAUUACCACCGUACUCGAUAGCCCCGAAAAAGGUAUCAAGAGCUGGAAUAAAAUUUUGGAGCAAAGUGAAGACUUUGGACGAGUUGACCGAGGAACAAUUGACCAGGCCGGCAUAUGCUUGUUAUUGUUCAUAUCUCAUUAAAACCGGUCACUUGGGAAAUGAACUGAUCAAAUUGGUGGACGUUAUGAGGCAGUUGGUUGGAAUUAACAG